GUGAAGAAGAUAAUACCCUCUCUUUCUUCUCUCUCUUCUCUUCCCUACGAUGUAUUAGUCAGCCCUUCGGUCUCUUCUAUAUAUAUUUCCAUAGACAAUGGCCAUUCCUUCAGUUUAGACUCCUGUUUCUCUAUUUUCACCCGCGAGAAAAGGAAAAAAUAAAGCGACCUCUAGAGAGAGAAGAACCCUACUUUGGCAAAUUCAAAGUAACAUGGGAAGACCACCUUGCUGUGAUAAAAUUGGUGUUAAGAAAGGGCCGUGGACUCCUGAAGAAGACAUCAUCUUGGUUUCAUACAUUCAAGAACAUGGUCCUGGAAAUUGGAGAGCUGUUCCAACCAAUACUGGUUUGCUUAGAUGCAGUAAGAGUUGCAGGCUGAGAUGGACUAAUUAUCUCAGGCCCGGAAUCAAACGUGGUAACUUCACUGAACAUGAGGAGAAGAUGAUUAUCCACCUUCAAGCGCUUCUUGGCAACCGAUGGGCUGCCAUAGCUUCAUACCUUCCGCAACGAACCGACAAUGAUAUUAAGAACUUUUGGAACACUCAUUUGAAAAAGAAGCUGAAGAAACAACAAGGGAAUGAUGAACAAAAUCAAGAAGGGAGUUCAGAUUCUCAAUCAAUUCCAAAAGGCCAGUGGGAGAGAAGGCUCCAAACAGAUAUUCACAUGGCAAAACAAGCCCUAUGUGAAGCCUUGUCCUUAGACAAAUGGAACACAAAUUUGCUUGAUUCAAAGCCCUUUCCAGUAACCCUUUCAGAAACUAAACCAAUUCAGACAUCAACAUAUGCUUCGAGUACUGAAAACAUUGCGCGUUUGCUUCAGAACUGGACGAAAAAAUCACCAAAUUCCUCUCAAGCUGGUUCAUCACAGAGUACUACUCAGACUUCCUUCAACAACCCUUCAAUAGGGACAAGUUCCAGUCCUAGUGAAGGGACAAUUAGUGCCACAACACCUGAGGGAUUCGACUCAUUUAUGGGCUUCAGUUCUUCCAACUCCGAUGUUUCUCAAUCUGAGGGCGAACCCAAGGUCAAUGCUGCAAAUUUCAUUCCAGAAGCUGGGACUUUGCAGGGGGAGAGCAAGAUAAAUUUGGACAUUCAAAUGCCCCUAACUUUGCUGGAAAACUGGCUCUUUGAUGAUGCUUCUGCACAAGGAGGGGGAGGAUACAUAAUGGACAUGUCUUUGGGGGAAAAUGCUGAUUUGUUUUGAAAAAAGUUUUUCUUCAAAACAAAGUAGCAGUUUCAGGUUGAUCUUUUUGUCUUUUUGGUGGGUUUUUAGGCAGAAGUGUCCUAAUCAGUGUCUGCUCCAUCUAGAUCGAGCACAAAAGGAUGGAAUCUUCCAUAUAUUGGGAGAGCAUAAAGUGUAAAUGACUGAUCAUGUAUUGCAAUGUUUGGUAUGUAGUAUUAGAUAGAACUGGAUAGUAAAAAAAAUUGAUUUUAACUUCAUUUUAUUUGUUACUACUUUCCAGUACUAUGUAAUCCUCCGUACCAAACAUGUCAUACUAGUAGUGUAUAUGCACAUAUGCAUGGUUAAUUAAAUAGGAAUAAAUCUCUCUUGAUCUA